UAAGUGAAUGUGUCCUCGGAAAAGAGAUAAGCCAAGAUGAAAUUUUCUGUACCAAUAUUCGCCAUUUUUUGGUUUCUGGAAUUCAUAAUAGAUUGCUAUGGCGCUAUACCCUGUACAAAUCAUGAUGAUUGCGGAGGUAUCCAGUGUCCUGCAGGAUACGCGCCAUACUGCGCUACCAUUUUAUUCAGCCAAUGUAAAUGCAGCCAAUCUGAUGCAAUUUGGUCGACGUGGACCGCAUGGAGUCAGUGCAGCGUAACGUGUGGCGCUGCGUCGGGUUCGCGAACAAGGCAGCGGAAUUGUGCAAAGAGCGGCACCACCAACGAUUUUUGUGUCGGUAACCACCUCCAAGGAGAAGUGUGCCGUGCAAAUUCAUCACAUUGUCCACGGGACGGUCACUGGGGACAUUGGCUUGCCUGGUCUCCAUGCAGUGUAUCGUGUGGUAAAGGAACGAGACAGAGACUCCGGCAGUGUAACAACCCUCCCCCAGCCUAUGGAGGAUCCUACUGCUCGGGUUAUGUCAGAGAUAACCAGGCUUGCUCCCAUUCUUGUACAAGUAAACCUUGUCCCUCAUGCGAUGAAAACCUGAACUGUGUUUGGAAUCAGACCUGUUCAGCAUCAGAAUCAUGCAUGGUGAGGGCUGUAACAGGUCACGGAUUUCAAUUCACUGUACAUUGUAUCCUAAGUCAAGACUGUCACUUCAUGACCACAUUUUUACACAACUCAGAAAUCUACUGCUGUGAUGAUAGAGACUGUCUUAGAAAAUAUAUUGGGAUAUAGAGUGUAGUUCUGUUGUUUCUGCUGUAGAUAUUAGAUACGCAGGUCUUGGAAAAGAAUAAAAAUGC